GGCGGCGGGAUGGCGGAGCUCGACAUCAGCCCGGCGGCCGUGCUGGGCUUCCUGCGGGAGCGCGGCGGGCGGGUGCGCAACGCCGAGCUGGUGAGCACCUUCCGGCCGCUGGUGGAGGCCGGCGGGGACGCGGCGGCGCGGGCGGAGCGGCGGGAGCGGUUCAAGGCGGCGGUGAACGCGGUGGCGGUGGUGAAGGAGCGCGACGGCGCCAAGUUCGUCGUCCUGCGGCGGGAGCUGCGGACCGCCCCGCCGCCGGGGGGCGCGCUGGCGCCGGCGGGCGAUGGCGGCGCCCCCGAGGCCGUCCCCGCCGGGCGGCUCUCGCCCGCGCCCCCCGAGGAGCUGCCGUCGCCGCGGGCCGUCUCCGAGCUGCGGGGCCUCUUCCAGGGCGGCGGCGGCGGGGUGCCCCUGCCCGCCGGCGCGGGGGGGUCCCGGCGGGAGCCGCCCCCCAAGCCCUGCAUGCUGCCGGUGCGCUGCGUGCCGCCCCCUGCCCCCGCUGCCCCGGGGCUGCCCGAGGAGCCCGGGUCCCCCUUGUCGCCCCCGCAGCCGGAGGAGGAGGCCGGGUCCCGCUCGCCCGGCCUGCGGCGGGGGCCCAGGAACCAUCGGGCCAGCGAGGAGGUGGCGGUGGUGCCGCUGGAGGAGGCCGAGCACCGGUGGCUGGUGAUGGCGGCGGGCGGGCAGUGGACCCAGCAGCUCCACGGGCUGCUGCUGGGCGACGCCAGCUUGGCGGCCCGGCGGGACUUCAUCUCGGGCUUCACCGCCCUGCACUGGGCCGCCAAGAGCGGCAACUGCGACAUGGUGACGAAUAUCAUCAGAGCGGCCGAGAAGGGGGGGGCCCCCGUCAACGUGGACGCCAGGUCGCACGGCGGCUACACGGCGCUCCACCUGGCCGCCAUGCACGGCCAGGAGAAGAUCAUCACCAUGCUGGUCUACAGCUACCACGCCAAGACCGACCUGAGGGACUACAGCGGGAAGAAGCCGCACCAGUACUUAAAGGAAGGGACCUCCUCUGCGGUCAGGCGCUUGCUGGGGGACCCCAGCCUUCCCCACAACGUGGAGCCCUCCAUGCCCAUCAAGAAGACCACAAAGCUUGCGGCUUCAAUCUUGAGCUCCACUAGCACUUUCCUGGGGGUCAUAUCCGAUGACAUGGCUUUCUACGAUCUCACCAAAGGUUUAAGGAAGCCCUCGUCCUUAAACAAGCUCCUGGCCGCCACUACGGGCCCGAGGAGGAAGCCAAAGACCAGAGGGGGCUUCCCUUCAUAUUCCUCCCUCUCCGAGGUAAUGGAGGAGGAGGAAGAGGAGGUCAUCGUGAAACGCAGACCCGUUUCCGAGCUGUUCUUUGGCCACUAG